CAGAAGUGAGAGCGAGCGAACGAGCAGGCAUCCACCGCGUCGCUUUGGCAGUGGGACCCUGGGAGCAGGAGAGGUCCACUCAUCUACGAUCCUCGGCUCAAUACAGACAUAACUUUUCAAGGCAACUGACACGUCUUAAAGGAGAACAGGAGAAAGACAUCGUAAACCCUGAGAGGCAACCAUAGUGAACCUGGACAGGGAUAUGAAAAAGAGAGGCCACAGUACAUUAUAGAGUCCGCUGUUGCUGCUGCUGUACUCAGAGACAGUCUCUCUAUCAGAAUCUUCUCCUGACCGUGGUUCUACCAGAGAGACAGAAGCAGAGAGGCUGUGUGUCCGAGCUCUCCAGUCCAGUCUCUAGAGGUCUAUCCUGCUGCCAUGGCCCUUGAGUGCACUGCGUCCCAUUGGUGAGCGAGGGGCAUCAGAGGGCAGAAGACAUGUUGGGACAGAGGCCUGGGAACCGCACUGAAGCUUGCUGUAGUAACCAUGGAAAUACUAUGGAGGACCUUGGCCUGCAUUGUUGUCAUCAUCGUCAUGGUUGCCACAGAGGUCGCAGAAAGUCAGACUGCUGAAAAGUUCACCCAGUCACAAGCUGCGUUCCUGUCCAGCCUGGGCCAGUAUGAAAUUGUAAUCCCGGUUCGCGUGGGGCCGCAGGGCGAGACCCUGGACACACUGGAUGGAGGUGCAGACAGCCCCAACCACCACCGGCGGAGCCACCGCAGUGCUGAGGACCAGCAACAGGACCCGUCCCAGCUGUACUACCAACUCUCCACCCCCAAAACUAACUUCUUCCUCAACUUGACCCUGCAGGGGGGCCUGCUGUCCCACCAGUUCCGUGUGGAGUACUGGAGGAGGGGCCGUCUGGCCUGGAGCCACCCUUAUGCCCCCCAGUGUCUCUAUGUAGGCCAUCUGCAGGGUCAGCCCCACUCCAGCAUGGUGGCUCUCAGCAACUGUAACGGCCUGCAGGGGGUGAUCGUGGCGGGCGGUGAAGAGUACCUCGUCGAGCCUCUGACCCCGGCCGAAAACCUCACUAGGACGGAGAGGGGGAAGGGCCGCCCCCAUGUGGUUUACAAGAGGUCAUCUCUUCGCCACCAGUACAUGGACCAGUCCUGUGGUGUCAUCGAUGAGAAGCCAGGUAAAGGCAUGGCCUGGUGGCAGAGGACUCUGAAGACUCCUUCCAACCCCAUCGGCCGAGGCCAGCUGCCCCUGAAGAGGUCUGUGAGCAGAGAGCGCUACGUAGAAACACUGGUGGUGGCCGACAAGAUGAUGGUGGGGUACCACGGCCGCCGGGACAUCGAGCAGUACAUCCUGGCUGUCAUGAAUAUUGUUGCCAAACUGUUCCAGGAUUCUAGCCUGGGGAACGCAGUGAACAUCGUGGUGACCCGCCUCAUCCUGCUCAUGGAGGACCAGCCGACUCUAGAGAUCAACCACCAUGCAGGGAAGUCCCUGGACAGCUUCUGUAAGUGGCAGAAAUCCAUCCAGAACCGGAAUGGCAACGGGAAUGCCAUCCCAGACAACGGCAUCGCUCACCACGACACUGCCGUGCUCAUCACCAGGUACGACAUCUGCAUCUACAAGAACAAGCCAUGUGGAACUCUAGGUCUAGCACCAGUGGGAGGGAUGUGUGAGCCAGAGAGGAGCUGCAGCAUCAACGAGGACAUCGGCCUGGCCACAGCAUUCACCAUCGCCCAUGAAAUAGGACACACGUUUGGGAUGAACCAUGACGGAGUGGGUAACGCCUGCGGCUCCCGCAGUCAGGAGACAGCCAAGCUGAUGGCUGCACACAUCACCAUGAAGACCAACCCUUUUGUCUGGUCUGCCUGCAGCCGAGACUACAUCACCAACUUCCUGGACUCAGGCAUGGGUUCCUGUCUCAACAACGUCCCCCCCAAGCAGGAGUUUGUGUACCCCACCACGGCCCCCGGCCAGGCCUACGAUGCAGACGAGCAGUGCCGCUUCCAAUAUGGAGUGAAGUCUCGGCAGUGUAAAUACGGGGAAGUCUGCAGCGAGCUGUGGUGCAUGAGCAAGAGCAACCGCUGCAUCACCAGCAGCAUACCCGCCGCCGAAGGAACCAUUUGUCAAACCAAUACCAUAGAGAAAGGGUGGUGCUAUAAGAGGUUGUGUGUGGUCUACGGGACGUGGCCAGAGGGGGUGGACGGCGGCUGGGGUCUCUGGACUCCCUGGGAAGAGUGCAGCCGUACCUGUGGGGGAGGAGUGUCCUCCUCCAUCCGCCACUGUGACAGCCCCAGGCCAACCAUUGGUGGAAAGUAUUGUCUGGGAGAGAGGAAGCGCUUCAGAUCAUGCAAUAUUGACGAGUGCCCUGCAGGCUCUCAGGAUUUCCGGGAGAUUCAGUGCUCCGACUUCGACAACGUUACUUUCCGGGGGAAAUUCUACACCUGGAAACCCUACAGGGGAGGUGGAGUGAAGUCCUGCUCUCUGAACUGCCUGGCGGAGGGAUAUAACUUCUACACAGAGCGUGCUCCGGCUGUGGUGGACGGGACGCCAUGUCGAGACGACUCUCUGGAUGUCUGUGUGAACGGAGAGUGCAAGCACGUGGGCUGUGACCGGAUCCUGAGCUCGGACGUGCGCGAGGACCGCUGCCGGAUCUGUGGGGGUGACGGGAGCAGCUGUGAGGCCAUCGAGGGCCUCUUCAAUGACUCCCUGCCUGAAGGAGGUUAUGAAGAGGUGGUCAGAAUCCCCAAAGGAUCAGUGUUCAUUCAUAUCCAGGAGCUCAACGUUUCCCUCAACUUCCUAGUGCUGAAGAGUAAAGGGGAACAGUUCUUCAUCAAUGGGAAGCUGACCAUCGACACCCCUCGUAGGUUCGACAUCGCAGGGACCACCUUCCACUACCGCCGGCCCACUGACCAACCUGAGACCCUGGAGGCCCUGGGGCCCACCAACAUGACUAUCAUCGUCAUGGUACUGGUGAGGGAAGAGAACCCAGGGAUCCACUACCGCUUCAACCCUCCAGUCAGCAGAAACCUUUUGAGUGGAUAUGCCUGGCACUACACAUCCUGGUCCCGCUGCUCUGCACUCUGCGCUGGGGGUGGUCAGACCCAGCAGGUAGUGUGUAAGAAGCAGACUGAUCACUCCGUGGUCUACAACCACUUCUGUGACAAGAAGAGCAAACCCAAAGACAAGAAGCGAGGCUGCAACUCUGAGCCAUGCUCCCCAAGCUGGUGGUCUGGGGUGUGGUCUGAGUGCAGUCGCAGCUGUAAUGGGGGCCUGAGGACCAGAGAGGUGUUGUGUAAGAGGAAGAUCUCUCCUACAGAGGAGAAGGUCCAGGACGACGGCGCCUGUACUCCUCCACGGCCACCCCUCACUGAACCCUGCAGAAACCACACCUGCCCCCCCGAGUGGCUGGCCCUGGACUGGUCAGAGUGUAAUCCCAGUUGUGGUCCAGGGUUCAGGCACCGUGUCCUGCUGUGUAAGCGUGGGGAAAGUGGAGACACACUGCCAGAGUCCCAGUGUCCCAAGCAUGGGCGUCCCACCACCAGGGUACGCUGUAACCUGCAGCGCUGCCCACCCCCCAUGUGGGUCACAGGGCCCUGGGGAGAGUGCUCGGCCAAGUGUGGUCUGGGUCAGGAGAAACGCUCUGUGCAGUGUCUCGCACAAACCGGCCAGCCGUCCAAUGAGUGCCCAGACCUCCAGCGCCCGGCAGCCAUGCAACAGUGCAAGAGCAAAUGUGACCUCAGUAGCCUACCCAUGGACAUCCCCGAGGGUGAACCUGAAGAGUGCAAAGAUGUGAACACAGUGGCGUACUGCCCCCUGGUGCUCAGGUUUAAGUUCUGCAGCCGCCCCUACUUCAGACAGAUGUGCUGUAAGACCUGCCAAGGACACUGACCCCUGAACCAGACCGAGAGCCAGACCAGGAGCCACCCCUAGCGGGCCCAGACCAGACCAGGAGCCACCUCUAGCGGGCCCAGACCAGACCAGGAGCCACCUCUAGCGGGCCCAGACCAGACCAGGAGCCACCCCUAGCGGGCCCAGACCAGACCAGGAGCCACCCCUAGCGGGCCCAGACCAGACCAGUAGCCACCUCUGGCGGGCCCAGACCAGAACAGGAGCCACCUCUAGCGGGCCCAGACCAGACCCACUGAGCUGCACAUUCCACAGGGGAGAGGGACGGCCCAGCCAACACACUGCAGAGCAGCCUGCCUGACAUCAGUGGACAGAGAAGUAGAUGGCGAGAGAAAGAGAAGUGUACUUUUAUCCCGCACUCUGAAAGUGCCCUAUCUUAUACCAGCUUUGGGGGCACUGCUGUGAAGACUACAUGAGCUGCUGGCAUAUCUCUCUGUUUCUAUGUACGUACACUAUAUAUACAAAAGUAUGUGGACACCCCUUCAAAUUAGUGGAUUCGGCUAUUUCAGCCACAGUAUAAAAUCGAGCGAACGGCCAUGCAAUCUCCACAGACAAACAUUGGCAGUAAAAUGGUCUUACUGAAGAGCUCAGUGACUUUCAAGGUGGCACCGUCAUAGGAUGCCACCUUUCCAACAAGUCAGUUAGUCAGAUUUCUGCCCUGCAAUAGCUGCCCCGGUCAACUGCAAGUGAUUUUAUUGUGACGUGGAAAUGUCUAAGAGCAACAACGGCUCAGCCGUGAAGUGGUAGGCCACACAAGCUCACAGAACAGGACCACCGAGUGCUGAAGCGCAUAGCGAGUAAAAAUCAUCUGUCCUCGGUUGCAACACUCACUACCGAGUUCCUAACUGCCUCUGGAAGCAACAUCAGCACAAUAACUAUUUGUUGGGAGCUUCUUGAAAUGGGUUUCCAUGGCCAAGCAGCCGCACACAAGCCUAAGAACCCCAUGCGCAAUGCCAAGUGUCGGCUGGAGUGAUGUAAAGCUAUCCUCCAUUAGACUCUGGAGCAGUGGAAACGCCGUUCUCUGGAGUGAUAAAUCACGCUUCAGCAUCGCAGUCCGACGGACAAAUCUGGGUUUGGCGGAUGCCAGGAGAAUGCUACCUGCCCCAGUGCAUAGUGUCAAUUGUACAGUUUGGUGAAGGAGGCAUAAUGGUCUGGGGUUGUUUUUCAUGGUUUGGGCUAGGCUCCUUAGUUCCAGUGAAGGGAAAUCUCAACGCUACAGCAUACAAUGACAUUCUAGAGGAUUCUGUGCUUCCAAAUUUUUGGCAACAGUUUGUGGAAGGCCCUAUCCUGUUUCAACAUGACAAUGCCCCCGUGCACAAAGCAAGGUCCGUACAUAAAUGGUUUGUAAAGGUCGGUGUGGAAGAACUUGACUGGCCUGCACAGAGCCCUGACCUCAACCCCAUCGAACACCUUUGGGAUGAAUUGGAACGCUGAAUGCAAGCCAGGCUUAAUCACCCAACAUCAGUCCCCGACCUCACUAAUGCUCUUGUGGCUGAAUGGAAGCAAGUCCUCGCAGCAAUGUUCCAACAUCUAGUGGAAAGUCUUCCCAGAAGAGUGGAGGCUGUUAUAGCAGCAAAGGGGGGGACCAACUCCAUAUUACCAUAUUAAUGCCUGUGAUUUUGGAAUGAGAUGUUCGACGAGCAGGUGUCCACAUAUUUUUGGUCAUGUAGUGUAUAUCCUUUAAGGGUUUGGUGCUACUGCUAUUGCCAUGCUGGCCACAGGACUGGCCAAAGUACAUUGUUCAGCUUAGUUGUGUUUCUCUGUUGUUUAUUCAGUGGCUCAGUCUUACCCUGAGCCACUAUGUCCAUACAGAUCUUUACUUGUAUAUUUACAGACGUUGUUCUAUGUGUACACUAAAUCUACACUGUACAAAUGAAACUGUCCUGAUACUUUACUAUCACUUACCCAAUGUAAUGUUUGUUAUCUGGUGGCUGUUGCCAACUCACUUGGUCUUCUAAGUUAUCUUGUCAAUGCUUUGUCUCAGAACAAAAUCUUUUUGAAAAGGGUUUGAUUUGCACAAAGUCUGACUAGUCACAGGGAUACUGUAUGUUCAUUAUUUGGGACUUGUCUUGAAGACUUUACUUAACACUCUCGAUCCACAGUCUGGUCCAUGUUCAUAACAGUUUACUCGCCUCUGUCUUGCCAUUUUACGGGACCCAGCGAGGGCUGGUAAAUGAUCGAUUCAGUUCACGUCUAGCAGCAAACCUCAACUCUUCUCUUAUAUUGUAGUACUUACUGUACAUGUUUAGAUACAGGCAAACCUACCAUGCCUCAUCAAUGUGAACAAUGCUACAUGGUACUCUGUAUUAGUCACGUAUACAGUGAGUGGAAACACAGUGUUCAUCACUGAGUCAACCACCUCCAACCUCUGAUUACAUCGGAACAGAGACCCUCCCAUGUCCCCUGGCCUUGAGUGAUCAUUCUCUCUGAUAGCAUGGCCUUCCUACUCUGCCUUUAAUGGUCAACCAGUUUAUUUCAGUCUCUAAUAUGCUACAUGUACAGUAACUGCCUUCUUACACAUUCAUCCAUCUACUGGGCUCACACUCAGAACCAGCCCUUCCAAUAAUGUCAGCUCUCAAUGAAGGAACUGGUUUCUAUUGGAGUAACUGGGUUGCUAUUACUCUCCUGAUGGUGCUUCUGAAUGGUGCUAUUUCUUAGCAAAGUGUUGUCGUUGUUGGAUGUCAUUCUGUUGAAUAUAGCAUGGUGGUAACACUUUACUUGACACCCAGUGUCAUAACACAUUAUGACACGGUGAUAAUCAUGUCAUAAUAUGUCAUAACCUGUCAUAAUAUGGUCAUAUCACUGUCAUGACCCAUAUAUUUACACCUGUUGUGACAUAUAUUGCAUUAUUUUAUGGCUGGUUAUGACACCUACAUAAGAGUGUCAACACCAACGUUUAUUCAAAUUAUUAUUUUCUGCCAAGAAGUUUCCUUUCAUUUGAUAGUUUGUUUCUUAAAUCCUUUGUUUUAAUAAAUUCUUUAGUCAUGUUUUUUUCAUCAUUUUAAUUCACUUUAUGACACUGUCAUGAAGCAUUAUGACCAUCAUGUGUCACUUUACUAGGACUAAGAAAAUACACUUUAUGACACUGUCAAGAAGCAUUAGGACCAUCAUAAUCAUAAAUGCCAGAUAGGCAUAUUACGUACAUGCCCUUAUAUCAGUCAUCAGUCAAAAAGAGGAUGUCUUGUCCUGCUCCUGAAAUCUGCUCCUGCAUUCAUCUCAGUCAUCAGCAACAGAGCAUUGGGGUAGGUGCAUCAAUGUGUGCGCAAUUACAAAGAUCAUUUAAUAUGGUAAAUUUCAACAACAAAAAAUAUAUAACAUUAACAUAGUGUUGACACGUAGGCUAUGGUGUAAUGGAAUGUUUUGCCUUGUGUGGCAGGUUUUGUGGGUUUUGACACUCUUAUGUAGGUGUCAUAACCAGCCAUAAAAUAAUGUAAUACAUGUCACGACAGGUCUAAAUAUAUGUCAUGACAGUGUUAUGACCAUAUUAUGACAGGUUAUGUCAGCUGUUAUGACAUAUGACAUGGAUAUGACCGUGUCAUAACUUAUGAUGCCGGGUGUCAAGUAAAAUGUUACCAAAAUGGUUUUGUUUGAGGUUGGUGCUAAAGUCACAGUUGUGCUAUAUCAGUUUGUGAGAAGAGAAGUGAAACAUUUAUUUCCCCACCUUUAGUAACUGGGUAUGGGACCCAUAUCUGUAAACACUUUCUGAUACAACUGGUUGUCAGCACACUACCUGAUGCUUUGCUACACUAUCUGACCAAUAACAGAACUGUUUUAAUGAAACAAAGUGUCCUAUUUGACUGUCUGAAUAUGUUAGCUAAGUACAUUUUGCCUUCAAUUUUGAACCAUCUGUGUCCAUGGUCAUGGUGUGACCUCAGAGACAAACUGUUUUAUCAAAUAAGAGGGAUAAUAUUGUUUGUUUGUUGUUGUUUUCACAUGCUAAUUGUUACAGAUAUGUACUGUAUUUUAAUGACUAUAGAAACAUGCCCCCGUUCCCCAUCUAAAACCUUGGAAAUGAAUAUAUUACAGUGAAUAAAAAUGCCGCAUUGUUAAUAAA